UGGAGAGGAUAAUUCUCCCCCUGUCGGAGGGAAUGGGAACCUCAGCUCAUCCAGAGCAGGUGUUGGCUCGUCCGCCUCCGACACUCUGCCAACAACCUCUCAGCCCCUCGUUUCCGUCUCAGUCCGGUGCUCGAGUUCAAGCGCCAGCGGCUCGGCGGGGAAGAGGGCGCGGGCUGACCCAGUGCAACCGGCUCCCCACCAUCGGUCGCCACGGUGCAGGAUGUUCCCUGCAUUUUAAUCCAGCAAUGAUCCCCGAGCAGCGCAAUCAUGUUGCCACCAUCGAGAACAUCCCAGCCGAAGCCAUCAACGCAUCGCCCCCCCUGCUGCAGAGGAUAAGAAAAGUAUUCACAAGAGAGCUGCUGGUGUCGCUGGCACUGGGCCAGGUGCUAUCAUUGUUGAUCUGUGGUAUAGGCCUGACUAGCAAGUACUUGGUGGAGGACUUCCAUGCCAACACUCCAGUGUUUCAGAGUUUUCUCAACUACAUCCUCCUGUUCCUGGUUUACACAACCACGUUGGCAGUACGACAAGGAGAGGAAAAUCUGUUGGCAAUACUAAAAAGAAGAUGGUGGAAAUACAUGAUCUUGGGAGUAAUAGAUAUAGAAGCCAACUAUCUUGUAAUAAAGGCAUACCAGUAUACAACCCUGACUAGCGUGCAGCUCUUAGAUUGUUUUGUUAUUCCAGUGGUCCUGUUGCUGUCUUGGUUUUUCCUGCUGGUGAGAUACAAGGCUCUGCACUUCAUUGGAGUCGGUGUGUGUCUGCUGGGGAUGGGAUGUAUGGUGGGGGCGGAUGUUCUUGUUGGGAGACAUCAAGGAGCUGGUGAUAAUAAGCUGCUUGGAGACUUGCUAGUUUUGGCAGGAGCCACAUUAUAUGGAAUUUCCAAUGUUUGUGAGGAAUUUAUUGUGAAGAACUUGAGCCGGGUGGAGUUUCUAGGAAUGAUUGGGCUGUUUGGGUCUUUCUUCAGCGGCAUACAGCUGGCUAUAAUAGAACAUAAGGAACUGUUAAAGGUGCCAUGGGAUUGGCAGAUAGGGCUGCUGUAUGUUGGCUUCAGUGCCUGUAUGUUUGGUCUGUACAGCUUCAUGCCUGUAGUCAUUAAACGAAGCAGUGCCACUGCUGUCAACCUCUCCCUAUUAACAGCAGAUAUUUACAGUCUGUUUUGUGGGUUAUUCCUUUUCCACUACAAGUUUUCAGGACUCUACCUUCUGUCUUUUUUCACAAUCAUUCUGGGAUUAAUCUUAUACUCUUCCACUUCCACAUAUGUGGCCCAAGAUCCACGUGUAUACAAGCAGUUCCGCAACCAAGCAGGUCCUGCAGUGGAGAUACCAACCACUGGACAGCUGGAGCCAUCAGUCACAUAUUCCAGCCUGGGACAGGAGACUGAGGAGGAGGCUCAUGUCAGAGUUCCUUGAAGAGGCACAAAGGAUGCUCCCUGGCAUUUCAAUGGGUUUUAUUCUGCAUUCCAGAUUUUUUUUUUGUUUGUUUACAUCACCGCAUUUCCCCAAUUUUUUGUUUAUUACAUUUUAAUAUUUAUUUUUCAAGCCAAAUUUCUAGAAUUCUUUUUACUAAUCAUAGAGUUUAGUGAAAUGUUAUUUGAGACAAUUGGGUUUAAUGUGUCAGUUCACUGACUAAGAGUUUUUAAGUGGAUUGCAAUCAACUGAUGGUUUAAAAAGUGCCAUCUAAAGCAUUUUUAUAAUAUAGUCUAUAUAUCACUACCACUGUAAGGGAAUAAAGGGGAUUUUAACUGAGUUUAAAUAUGCACUGUAUUUUUUCUCAUUUCCAGUCAUUCCCAUCUUUUUGCACAUGAAUGAUUCCAUGCUAAGGCCAUCUAAGAAGUCAUUUAUAGGGUGAUGUUAUCUUUCUAUUCAAAGCCCCAUUAUAUGACCUCUGAACCUGUGUAAUUCUAGAAUGGGUUAUUGUAUAGUUUAGAAUUUGCUAACUUGUGCUGUUAACAUUUUGACAAGUUGUGUAGUACCUUUGUGUUGCUUUAACAAUAGUAGUCUUCACAAUUAGAUUACAGUAAGUAUGGACUGUACCCCAUGGGUAGAAAUCUACUGUUAAAUAAGAAAAGAAAAUAACAUGAGACAGUUAAGCUUAGCACCACUACAAGAAAACAAACCAAAAACUGCACAGUUCAACCGAAAGAAGCCCUUUAUCUUUUUGAUAUCUGCAUGCUCUUUAUGGACUGGCUGUGGCAAUGUAAUGCCUGUAUGAUGUUUUCAAAUAAAUGCUUUAUGAAAGAUAA